AUGAUGGAUCACAACAUGACGCCUGGCGACAACCCAGGGGGCCAGCAGGAGCAACAGUUCCAGCCUCUCCCCAAGCAACAGACGAGAUCACCAGAUGUCGCUUCCCAGGAUUCGGGCGCCUCGAAGGCCGCGGCGCCCACGCCCAACAAUGCGCAAUCCAAUGCUGCUGGCAGCAUGAGUUUCCGGAGGCAGCGAGCCUCAAGAGCGUGCGAGACAUGUCACGCUCGCAAGGUUCGAUGUGAUGCCGCCAGCCUCGGUGUGCCGUGCACAAACUGCGUCGCCUUCCAGAUCGAAUGUCGCAUCCCUACCCCAAAGCGCAAGAAGACACAGAAUGGAAGCGUACAGGCGGGGAGAGACUCGGACAGCGACCGAGGGGACGAACGCGAAGAUCGACCACAGUAUGCCGAGUCGACAGCCGCCGCUGGGUUCCCUGCGCAGGGCCCUGUGGGCUCUCACACCAAUCAAGGCACGCCCCUGACAACGCAGACCGAGGCGCAGGCCAAGAAGGACGAGGUCGACAGCAACACCUACCUCAACCUAGUCAUGAAACCGAAAUUCACACGAGCGCCGAUCACAGAAGCCGGCAGGGUUGCCUUCUUGGGGGAGUCGUCAAACUUGACGCUGCUGGUUCACGAUCGUCAAGGCGCGGCUGACGUUGUGCACUACCCCCUGCCUGAAAACGUGAGAGGCUCAAGGGCACGGCUGACGGAGCUGGACAAUGUCGAGAUCGAGAUACUUCAUCAACGAGGAGCCUUCCUGCUGCCGCCCCGCGAGCUUUGCGACGAACUCAUCGCGGCUUACUUCAAGUGGGUGCACCCCAUUGUGCCUGUCAUCAACCGGACUCGCUUCAUGAGGAGGUAUCGCGAUCCGAAGAACCCGCCUUCUCUCUUGCUGCUGCAAGCUGUGCUUCUUGCCGGCUCCCGCGUCUGCAACAAUGCCCAGCUCAUGGACACGAAUGGGUCGACGAACCCGGCAGCCCUGACCUUCUACAAGCGCGCCAAAGCCCUGUACGACGCUAACUACGAAGAUGACCGCGUCACCAUCGUCCAGGCGGUCCUGCUCAUGGGCUGGUAUUGGGAAGGUCCAGAGGACGUCACUAAGAAUGUCUUCUACUGGAGCCGUGUGGCGACAAUUGUUGCGCAAGGGUCUGGCAUGCAUCGAUCAGUCGAACAGUCGCAACUCAGCCGGUCGGACAAGCGCCUCUGGAAGAGGAUAUGGUGGACGCUGUUCACCCGAGAUCGAUCCGUGGCCGUUGCGCUUGGUCGACCUGUCGGCAUCAACCUCGAUGAUUCCGACGUGGAGAUGCUGACGGAGGAGGAUUUUAUCGAGGACGAUGCCGAAGGAGGCGGGGAGUAUCCCCUCGACCCGGUACACGUCCAAUUCUUCCUACAAUACGUCAAGCUGUGCGAGAUCAUGGGGCUCGUUCUUUCGCAACAGUAUUCUGUGGCCUCCAAGGGGCGGCAGCGGAACGCCAUUGACCUUACCCACAGCGACAUGGCCCUGGCCGACUGGCUCCAGAACUGCCCAAAGAUUGUGUACUGGGAAGUACCGCGUCAUCAUUUCUGGGCACACAUGCCACCGAAUGGGGCAAAGAACCUUGCCGAAGAGUCGCCCUACCCUUCGCGCAACAUUGCCUUCCAGGCUGCCGGUAUGAUCACAUCCAUCAUAGAGAACCUGAGUGUCCAUGGCGAGCUGCGCUAUUGUCCGGCUUUCAUUGUGUACAGCUUGUUCUCGGCCCUCAUCAUGCACGUCUAUCAGAUGAGGUCACCAGUACCGUCGAUCCAGCACGUCACGCAGGACCGCUUACGGACGUGUCUUGCCGCUAUGAAGGAGGUUUCCAAGGUGUGGCUCGUCGCAAAGAUGGUGUACACCCUGUUCGAGGCCAUUCUCGGGAACAAGGGCCUUGAGGAGAGGCUACAGAAGGCGGGGGUGAAACGCCAUCGGAAGAUGCAGAGUCUCUCGGAUCCCCGAACAUACGACGGGGGCAAACGCAAGUACGACGACAUGGCCAUCGACUUCACGCCGAAUGCGCCCACGCCUCAAGAAUCAUAUGAGCGAUCGCGACCGCCGACGCCGAGUCAGAGGGCUGAAGGCUUCACGCCCGCGCAGCCGUCCAUGAUGACCUCGCCUCCGCGAGCAGCACCUUCAGAUACAUGGAUGGGGGGCACGGGCUCCAGGUCGCAGACGAGACCUGGGACUCCGUUCAACCCCUCCUUCUCCGUGCCGGCUACACCUCCCGAUCUAUAUCUCGUGACGAGAAACUCACCGAAUCUGUCGCAAUCUUUGCUAGAGAACUUCCAGCCCGAUCAACUCUUCCCCGAUAGCUCGGCCAUGCCCGCAUUCCCCAGCAUGUCGCCCUCACAGACGCACCAAAGCAUAGAUCAAAGCCUCAUGAAUUCGAUGCCGACCCCGACCAUGCCAUCAGCCCAACCGCAGCAGACGCAGCAGCAAGGUCAGCAGCAAGCGUCUCAGCAGGGUCAGGGAGGUAACUUCCAGCAAAGAAAGCAGGGCGGUAACAACAGCAACAACAACAACAACAACAACAACAACAACAACAACGGCAUGUUGAAUCCGAACCAGUUCACAUUUGGCGGCGGGCAGUCGCACAUGUGGCAGCCCAACUUUGACGGCAUGCUCCAGGAUGGGCAGAGUCCGGACAGCUGGAGCACGGGGUCGGCCCCUGGUCAGCCGGCGCCAACGACGCUCAACGUCGAGGACUGGUUUCAAUUCUUCGGGAUCAAUGGGGACCGCAAGUUUCGCAACAAUGGCAGCGCGACAAGCUCCUCGGCUGGAUCGCACUUCAUCCCCUUCACAUUAAAGAAGCAUUUGGAUGCUGAUGUGGGUUGUGGAUAA